GUGAGGGUGAGUCUCAGUCCUCAGAGGUUUUACAACAUGUACCAUGAACACUAGGAAUGAGACUGUCCACCUUCUUUUUUUCUGAUGUUGCUGGAAGCAAACAUGAAAUAUGACUCUCCUAAGAAAAAUUAACCGGGUGCUCCUGCUGCUGCUGGUGCUGAUGGUGUGUCUCCUGCUGCACAGUACACUGCUCAAAGCCUCCUCUCGGCCCAAACUCUCAGAUAACUGGAAGAGCCUCGGAAGUGCAGUGCGAGUUCCCGCAGUGAGAGUUUCAGAGGCAGAUAGCGUUGUCCCAGUAGUGAUAUGCGCGUCGGAGGAGCGCAUCGGUGCAACCAUGGCGGUCAUCAACAGCGUCUACAGCAACACGGACGCCAGCGUGUUCUUCUAUAUUGUCACUCUACGCGAUGCCGUGAAACUGACGAGACAGUACAUAGUGAAGACUAAACUGAAAGGCAUCAAAUAUAAGAUAGUGGAAUUUAACCCCAUGGUUCUGAAAGGAAAAGUGAAGCCAGAUUCUUCCCGACCCGAACUGUUACAUCCACUCAACUUUGUCCGCUUUUACCUGCCCCUGCUUGACAUCCACCACAAAAGGGUGAUUUACUUAGACGAUGAUGUCAUUGUGCAGGGCGACAUCAAGGAUCUGUUUAAUAUGAAACUGAAGCCAGGUCAUGCUGCUGCUUUCUCCACCGACUGCGACCUCCCCUCCACACAUGAGAUGGUGCGCAGCAUCGGCAUGCAGACAACCUACAUGGGCUUCCUGGACUACAGGCAACUGAAAGUAAGGGACCUGGGCAUCGACCCCAGAGAAUGCUCUUUUAACCCCGGAGUGUUUGUGGCAGAUGUCAGCGAAUGGAAGAAACAGAAGAUCACCAAACAGUUGGAGAAAUGGAUGGAGGAGAAUUUCAGGCACAACAUAUACAGCAGUGCAAUGGCAGGAGGCGUGGCAACUCCACCCAUGCUGAUAGUUUUUCAUGACAAAUACACUACACUGGACCCAUUAUGGCACGUCAGACACAUGGGCUGGAGUCCAGACGCCCGCUAUUCAGAGAGCUUCCUACAGGAGGCGCACCUGCUGCACUGGAACGGUCCUUUUAAACCAUGGAGUCACCCUGCUGUUCACUUGGAUCUGUGGGAGAAGUGGUUUAUCCCAGACCCCUCCAGGAAGUUCUCCUUGGUCCGACCUGAGAGCGACAGCUGAGGUCUGUGGGACAUCCCAUGUGUGAGCCUCAUGUGGACAAGAAGCAUGUGAAGUUCAGGAUUUACUUGAGCAGUGUACUGCAAAACGUACGGAGAAUGAAAUGCCGUGGAAUGCAAUGCUCUAUGUGUUUAUCCUACUUAUGUCAAAUACACAAAAUGUGACAGAUCUGUUGUCUAAAGCAAGUGACAGAUAGCUGUAAAGAUAUUAGAAUAUAACUUGUAGGAAUGUGUUGAAAGUUAAAAUGAGACGCUCAUAACACUGACAAGAGUUUAGAGUCUU